AUGUUCACCAUUCUGCGCAUAUUUCGAGGAAAUCAAUGCGCUUAUUAUUUAAAAAUCGAGUCUACGACCGAUAUUGGUCUACUUCUUGCAAUUUUACCAUCCAAUAUUGCUGGCUAUAUUAUAGGUCAAAAUCCAGUGCAUAUAUCAAUUAUUUGGUGUAAAAUACAGCUAAUGAGCUCUUAUACUUUUGGCUUGUAUUCUCUGUUUACAAUAUGUUUUCUUGCUUUUGAUCAAUAUUUAUCAACAAGUCAUCGUCAAAAUUGGCGACAUAUAAGUACACUUAAAUUAGCUUAUCGUCUUACAUAUUUCAAUAUAAGUGUUGCACUACUUCAUGGAAUACUCUUUCUUGUUUUUGCCGACACUGGCCCGUUAGGAUGUACUGUUUAUCAUCCAACAGUAAAAGCUUACUUUUCAUUUUUUUAUUAUCCAAUCCUAUCUUGUGUGCUUCCAUUUACUACGAGUGGUUUAUUCAGUUUAUUAGCAUAUCGAAACGCCCGUCGAAUUGUUCGACGUCAAGUACCGUUGGUGCGUCGUCGACUUGAUCAUCAAAUGACAGCUUUUGCUCUGACGAGAGUGAUGUGUAUACUUAUUUUGGGUAUACCAUUUAUUGUUUGGAGUCUGUUUCGACUUAAUACCACAUAUCACCUGGACAACUUUUUAGAAGAGGCCAUACUUAAUCUGUCGUCAGUAAUCACAUAUUCAAUUUUAUAUGUUAACUAUGCUGUAAGUUAA